CCCAGGCUCAGUUUUGCUCAUGCUUAGUAACAGAGUGUUGUAGUGAGAGAAAAAGCUCUGUAUAAAACAAACCCCACCACGGCACCAGCCUGCACCCUCUAAUGAGUCUGGCUCACUUUUCCAUGGAGUUCAGUCUCCUAAGAUGUGCUGAUUAUCGAUCACAUGCCCUGGAGCACUUGGGAGCCCCAGGCCUGGAAUCCACCCUUCUUAAUUUCCCUAUCUUAAUAUCACCUAUCUUAAUUUCCCUUUGAGUUCCUCCUCUGGGUUCCUCCAAGAAGCCCCACUUUGGUUGGGGAAUUCUAUUUUGUGAUCAUCCUCCUCCAGAGAGGAGCAAGACCCCUUUUGUUACUGGACCAUCAGGAAAGGCAGCCUGCUCCUCUGGCUUUCCCACUGUGGCUGUCUUUGUCCUGCACCCAGACACAUUUCCUAGCACCAUGGAGACCUCGCUCUUCCUCCACUCUCCUGAGGCUCUGUCCACAGACCUUUGCCUGGAAAACAGCAGAGCCCUUCUGGAGGGAUGUAACAUUUCCAACAGUUUUUCUGAUAGUGCAGACACCAUUCUUGUCCUAUGCAAUAUGAGCUAAAUCAGCCAAUCUUUUCUCUGUGUGUGUUUGGCAGCUGGGACAAUGACAGAGCAGUGUCAAGAGGGUGCUAGUGCUACACUGCUGGAACCAGAUAAUCAUCUGAGUCAGCUUUGCUGUGCCAACAUGGUCAUGAGCUCCUAAAGUUCUCUGUAGGCAUCAAUGGCUGAUUCCCAUGUCCAUGAAGAACUGAGUCCUAUUUUAGCUGUCACUGGUAUUUGGGAAGCUGUGAUGUAACAGAACCAAUUCCCUAAAGACUUGCUGGAAGGGAUGCUCAAGCACAGAAGAGGAGCCCAGGUCUGGAAUGGCACCAUGCUCCACCCUCUGCUCUGCACAUUUAUGCACCGAUGGCCUUUGGCGUCCCACGGAGGAAGCCCCCACUGCAAGUGGGACCCAGCAUGGCUGGGUGGGCACAUGGGUGGCCAGCCCGACUCACAGAUUUUCCCUGCUCCAGUUGCUGUGGCAGAGGUGAGAUCUCCUGUUUGUCCAUGAUGCAGAUGUUCCGGGAAACACAAGUGUGUGACAAGCAUGGUCGUCCUCCAUCCAUUGCUGUGACUUCUAGGCAAGUGGUCAACCUAAUGAUCUUCUGAAUCGCUCAUUCUGGGUUUUCUGCAGAGUCCUUAGGUCAGGGGAAAGAAAAUGACAAGCCACGUCCUGUUCUCUGUCCUCUCAUGGUAUCAUAUCAUUCAUGGUAUCGAACCCGGUGCCAUAUCAGGACACUGCUCUCAUCGGGGCUCUGGACGGUUUCCUCUGCAGGGCUGUGUGGUAUCCUUGACACUGCACUUUUUCCAUUGUGUCACGGCUUUCAGCAAUGUUUCCAUCAUGUCUCCAUCCUUGGUUGCUCUCUCCCUCUCUAAAGAGGGCUGAACCCAGGGAUCCCACACUAGGCACCGCAAGGGACACUCUGCAACAGUCCUGCCUGACUCCUACAAUUCAUCUCCACCCACCAGGACCAUGAAGACCUUCACAGCAGCCCUUGCUGUACUUUUUGUGGCUGUCUUCUGCUACCAGGCUGCCUCUUCUCCAAUUUCUCUCAACUUUUAUGGUCCCUGCUGUGUUGAGUACAUCACCAGACCAUUGCCCUUGAGCCUUGUGGUGAAGUAUGAGCACACAGGCAGACACUGCUCCCCACCAGCUGUGAUAUUUACCACUGUCAAGAACAAGCUGGUCUGUGCCAACCUGAAUGACAAGUGGGUCCAGGACAUCAUGAAUCAAUUAAAGGACAAUGAGCACAGUGGAUGAGCAAUACCCUGCUCUCUCCAAGCAUCACUUCUGCAAGGACCUGCUCUCAUGGACACCUCUGAGACAUAUUCCAUUUUCUCAUUGCCUGGGAAUUUGGCAGGGAGGGUAUUCAACUCAGUGUUUAGCUCUUUUAUUUAGGAUUAUGCAAAGGUAGUCUUAAUUUAUUUGGCAUUUUCAGUGAAGCCCUUCAUUCUCCUUUGUACUGAAUGUGUUAAAGUUAUUGUUGUAUAAUAAAAAGGAGCAAACCCUGCA